GAUUUGGAAAUGUCAGACUCUGAUUUGGAAGAUAGAUAUGAAGCAAUAGAAAGAAUACUAUUGUCGGGAGAUAAAUUAAAAAGUCUACAGAUUAUAUCUUACAUCGCGGACAUCAUACCUCCUGACAGGGAUAAGAGUGCUGUUUUAAACAGACUACUUGAAUACGUCACUCAGGUUUCAGUAGCGACACUUUCGGAUGUGAAGAUGUGCACCUCAACAUUAACUAAUGUAUUAGUAGCUCUUAAUACACCCACUCAGUUGGCAUUGAGUCCAAAUAUGAUGAUGGACACUCUGGAAGUGAUCAAGACACAAGCAAAUAUGUUUCAGCGAUUUGUCUUUGAUAGAGUUAUUUCACAAUGGAUGUCUGCUGAAGAAAUUAGACAAGUCGCUUCGUAA